GGUGAUGUAGAAGCAUCACCUGACCAGGAUAAGCAUCACCUGACCAGGAUAAGCAUUUGUGAGCUUGGCAGCAGCACCUCUCUCACCAUGUGUGAUUCUGCGGUCUGGCUUGUGGUGUAUUACCACACACCUUAGAUAGAUGACCACAAGAGCUGACUAGCAACUCACCCAUCAGUCUUCAAACCCGAACUGAGGCUUCCGUAAGCAUGAAUACAAUCUUCGUUUUUUUGAUCUUAAGUGGUAUGGUAACUACAGGUUAUCUCACAACUGUAUGCAACAGAUGCUGGUCUCUUGACUCAACAGCAUGCUGCACAGAAAAGGAGGUUCAAUGUGAUGGAUCCCAGUGUACGAUGCUCUCAGAAUAUUUCAAUAUCAGCAACGUGAUUUAUAAUUCAGUGAAGAAAACAUGUGCCAUUGAGUCAAUGUGUAAUGGUUGCUUCUCUGUAUCCACGAACCGUGACUUCUUUCUCCGAGUUAGCGGUGAAUGUGGGUAUGGAGACUACAGCAAUGCUGAUAUGGAAUAUACGGAACUGUGUCAUGAUCUGUUGUCACCGAAUGGCUAUAAGUGCCCAAGCUGCUAUAUAAAGGGAUCUACAAAGGGCUGUACGAGUAAUGAAAUGGUGCUUUGCAGGGGGAAAGAAUUGGAGUGUUUGGACUACAGGGGAGUUUUUCAAUUGUCCAGUAGUGAUGUGAUAGCGACUUCAGUAAAAGCUUGCAUUACGAAAGGCGGCUGUGAACUGGGAUUUAAAGCUUCACUUGGAGCAAAGGAAAUAAAUGGGGUCAUGAUGAAGUGUACCCCCGCAAUACCAGUUCAUUCUGCUGGAGAUCAAUGACCAGUCAACCCAACUGCAAGCCAAGGCUGUGUCUUUGUUAGAAAAUUGCCGCACGUGAAAAUAAUCACAAGCUUUGCAUUGUAAAAUCGGCCAGAUGAAAACAGCCAUGGGUUCUAUCAACCAAUCGAUGUGCUAGGUGCAUGCUAAUAAAAUCUUCAACUCCCCAUA